CUGUCGCUGCGAACAGAAAUACGGCAGCGGUCGGCGCACGUGCCGCGGAAGUAAAAGCAAGCUCUGUGAGAUUUACAGCGAAUAGGUUGACUAGUGGAGUUUUACGGAUUAUAAAAUGUUUGACGCGAUGGCGUUUUUACACAAUAAACCCGACAUGGACGUGCCGGAAGAGGAGCGGAGAGGACAGAAGCGGAAAAUAUCGCUGACGAGCUGUGAUGUGUGUGAAGCCGAGGAGGCCAAGUACCGCUGUCCCAACUGCCUGAAGUGCUCCUGCAGUCUGCCAUGUGUGAAGCAGCACAAGCUCCGGACAGGGUGUAGCGGCGUUCGGGAUCGCACCGCCUUCGUGCCUCUGUCUCACUUCAGCGACCUCCAUCUGCUCAGUGAUUACAGGUUUCUGGAGGAGACGGGGCGCGUCACUGACAGACCCAGCAGAGACAUACUGCUACACACUCGAACACGCCACAGUUACAGUGCGAUGUUAUUGUUGAGGAACGCGAAGGCAGCAAAGGUGAAUCUGAAGAUCCUGCCGAAGUCGUUCAGCCGGCGCAGAGAGAACACGUCCAUCUACAACAAAACAGAGAGGAAGCUGUACUGGCACCUGAAGCUGGUCUUCCCUCAGAGCAGUGCGGAAUACACCGACAGAGUUCCAGAAGACCGAGUUCUGGAGAAGAUCCUGAGUGACUACGUCCACCCGACUGAAUCGGAUCCAGUCAAAAGGCAGAACUUGAAGGCGUAUGUUGUCACUCCGCUUGAUCAGCUUGGCGUGUUUAUGAAGUCGGAGCAGAGGCUACCCAACUCUCUGAAGUACCAUGAGCUGGACUUGAAGAAAAGCCUCAGAGAGAACCUGAUGUUCAAAACGGUGGUGGAAUACCCAGAGCUCCACGUGGCUGUUAAAGAGCACUGUGAGGAAUAUCGCUCUCAUGUCUCAGAACCUCAAGGAGCUCCAGAGAACCAUAAACACACCACGAGAACAGAAAAGGAAACAACAGAACAACCUGAGCUGGAGGAAGGAGAGAUCCAGAGCGAGGAAGAGGAGGAUAACUGUGUGCAGGAGGAGGAGGAUGGUGAUAUAAAAAUACCGGAUAUUGAAAGUCAUCUUGGUGACCUUGAUGGUCCUACAGUCCAGAAUGCAGUGAUGUCCUCAUGCCUUGAUGUUGAACAUGCAGAACAAUGACUCCAUAGAAGCAACUGCCACUCCUCUUCCUCUUCUUCAUGGAGAUGCUGAAGGUAGACGAUGAAAGGAUUAAAUCUUUAUGUGGAGUCCCUGUGUAUGAGCAGUUACUAUGGAAACGAUAACGGAUUAAAACGUGUUAAUCCUGAAUAAACCUGUGAUUUGCGUUGAGGUCUGAGCGGCUGUUAUAGAAAAUGAGUCCGAACUUUCUGACCAAUCAGAUUUGAGAAUUCAGCAGCGCUGUGGUAUGAAAGAUGUUUCCUGGUUUAAGAGAAUAAACAGCUGUCAGGCCAUGAGCAGGAUCAGGGUUCUAGGGUGUUGUAGAAUCAUGUAAAAGAUGUUUGUAAGAAAUAAACAGUUGUGUUAUUAAAUGUGCAGAAAACUGAA